UCUCUCUCUCUCUCUCUCUCUCACUCCGUCUCUCUCAUCCACACACUUACACACAUUCUGCCGUCCUAUCACUCAAAAGAGACCUAUAGCGACAUGAAGGGCGGCAGUUACCUUGUAGACUUAAUUAAAGAAUUCCUUGGAGAAUCUGAACGUAAACAAACUACUCUAGGGGGCCUUGGACAUUAACGUGGGGGAGAGGCUGCCAGAGAGGGAGGCCAAGAACACGAGGGGCGGAGAAGCCAUCACAGACACUCACUUUUUUAAAAACAAGUUGCCAGCUUAGUUUGGAGAGUUGCACACAGUCUGGUGGAUAACAGCACUCUAUAUCUGCAGAAUCACCUCAGAGAUGGCAUUCUGGACAGGGAGUCAGGGACAGGCAGCCCAACAUGGCAAAUUUGGAACAGUUCCAGGACGAUACUUCUCACAACCCUAUCAAGAGAAGAGGCAUGCUGCAGAUUAUCACCAGUACUUAUAUGAGCAGCCCGAGCGAGUGUGUGAACCCAGCUACUGGACAAUGCCAGGAUCCCGGACAGGAGGGGUGUUGCAGGACUACACCAACUGGGCAGAGCAAGGAACUUCUCAGCACUUUCCCUUCACCCUAGAGAGCCAAGCCCGGCGUCAGGGACUCGGAGAACAGACCGUACCAGAGAGAUUAGAGAGGGAUUGGCUGUCUAGAGAUGUGUACAGAGCACAGAGGGAGAGGCAGGAGAGGGAACGGGAGAGGGAGAGGGAGAGGGAGAGGGAGAGAGAGAGAUCAAUGCAGAGGGAGAGGGAGAGAUGGGAGUCCCUCUCUCAUUCCCAAAAUCCCGUACACUACCGGAAGGAGGGUGCCAAGAGAAGCCUCAGCAGCAGCAGUUACCGGGAGCUGGAGGCCUGGGCCGCCCGCUACUGCCACUCUCUCCCCAGGAGGAAGCGGCUGGAGGCAGGCCUGUGGGGCGCAGCUCAGGGAGCAAGGACAAGCCAACCGGCCCGGGAGUGGCCAGCAACCAGUUACGGAGGUGAAACAUAUCAAAGACCCAUGACCAGCGUGACAGGAUUACCUUAUGAAACGAGGGAAUAUCGGCACUGGGAGAGACCGGAUGCCCACCAGCCUCCUCCAUACAAGGCUCCUCCGGGACUCCCAGAUCCUGAAAGGACGUCUGGGGUGAACGUGAAGGAAAACCUCCAGAAAAGGAUAUUCAGUUACCCACCUUGUUACAUUCCACCGCCUCCAUACGGCCCUUCACAAAAUGGAAGCCCAUCGGCAACGCUGCCACAGCACCCACCUGUUCGGCCCCAAGUCACUAAAGAAAACAUGGGGAUGGCGGACCCUGUUUGGGAGCAACAGUUCAGAGGCAUACAGAACUACUGCACCUUGCCAGUCAUGAGAAGGCAUGAGCACACUGUGCAACCCCGACCGCAGAGGAACAGCGCGGAGGACAUGGAGCGGAUGAAAUGGAGAAGAAGAACUGAGAGCCAUCUGGCGUACGAUAGCAGCGGACCAGCAGUAGAUCCACCUACGCUAAAAUCAUGGGACAGCACAGCUGGCACCACUAGACCACCACGGCAACUCUCUGAGAUGUAUGCUCCGCCACAGAGCCAAACGCUGCCUCAGCUCACGGAGGCCUCAGCUGGGACGCCUCCAGACAUUCUGGUGAACACCAGAACCAAGGUGAAGAAACGACGAGGAGGGGAAACCAUCUUUUGCUUGGUGUCACGCAUGGGUAGCCUAGCAGGCUUGUCCAGUUCCCCAGAGGACCCGCUGAAAGCCCAGUCUUUGCCCUUGUAUGCCGUAACACCCCUCACUGGUGUGGCUGAGGGGGCUCAGACACUCAAGAACCCACAGGGGUCUGGGGAGAGCCAAAUCACACCACAGCUAUCAGACGAAGUUGACAUGGGAAUAGCUGCCCCAGACAAUCUACCCAGCUCCUCUACGUCCAACGUUCCCGCUCACACACCUGUUUAUAGGACAGACAGUGACCCGAAAACAAAACUGAGAAGGGCCCAGCACUGGGCGGAUGACGAAAAAGCAGCCGCGCAUCGAGAGGAACUGCUGAGGGCCAUCCAGAAAUGUGGCUCAAAGCUUCCAGGUGGGAGGAGGAAUUUCAAUAGCCUGCCCAUCAGAAGUAGGAGCUCAGAGGCUUCCUCAAAAGAAUGUACCAACCCAGCAUCAUCAUCAUCUCCCCAAACCCGAAAGGCAGAAACGGCGCCACAGAGUGAAACAUCAGUUAAGUUCCCUCUGUGGAGAGAACCAAAGGCACCUUGCCAAUCACAGUGCACUACAGAGCAAAAGGAUGAGGCAGGUAAAGAGGACACAGGCGCUUCCUGCAAGCUAGACCCAAAUGACAAAGCAAAUAGUGAAGAAUUAAAGCAAAAUGAAGUGAAAAGUGAUUUGACCUCAGAUGACAGCGAUGGCAUUUUAGUCAUUGAUGCCACCUGUGUUGUUGUCAGAGUAGAGUUCAUCUUCCCGCCUAAAAAGGAACACGUUAAGUAUGUUUCCUCAAUGCCUUGCAGUCCAUCUGAGGCUGAGCAUGAAUCUGCUACAAAUAACAAUUUGGUCCAAGACCCCAAGCCUCUUAGCCCUAGUCUUCCAGUUCUAGAGCAAAAUGAUGUAGUUGUGAGUUCUCCACCACCUAAUGAUGAUGAUACACUCAGCAAAGGGCUAUGGAAUUCUAAAAACCAAAAUGAGACAUGUGAAGGUACUCAAUCUGAGCUUGAGACAUCCGAUACAAACUUACCCAAAGAUUUGACAGAUCAGAUCAAAAAAAGUCAGUCUCUGGAUUCAGAACCAACACAAUCUCUACCAAUCAGUCCAGAAAAAGAAUCAUUGGAGGAAAGGGCAAACCGAAUUCUGGCAAUUCCAUGUUUAGAAUCCAGCAAUCAGGAAUCUACCUAUCAAGUAGAAAUGGAAGGCGCACUGUCAUGGCAACUUGAUACAAAACAAGAAGAAUGUCCGGACUGCCCCAUGGAGGGUUUGCCAGCAACCAUUUCAACUCUUGACACUGAUGACCAUGAUUCUGAAGCAAUGUUUCAGGAGCAAAAUGUGGCGACUAUAGUAGCUUCACUUGCAACUGAAAUAAAUGACCACAGUGACUUCACUACUCAUCAACCACUUCAGAGUGAUGAGCAUGAAGAAGAAGGCAUUAAUUGUUCCAGUGGUACAAAAGACAACAACACCCUUGAAGAAAUAGAUGUUCCAAACAGAAACUCCCCUGACCUCACUCCUCAAGAUAGCCUGCAGUCAGAGGAUCAGUUGAUUGAAGAGUCUAUGGUACCCUCUGUAACCAUGUGUCUAUCCUCUGCUCAGAACAACUCUGAUUGUCAGCCGCAAUUACUUUCUAACUCGUCCUCAUCAUCAACACCCAGAUCUAACACUCCCUGUGAUUACCUGCUGGAAUCAGUCCCAGAGGCCCCCUCUGGCUCCUCUCCAUCUCCACCUAUUACAGAUCCUGAAUGUCUUUCAGAAACAGACCUGCUCCCAACCCCUACUGGCCUGUUGGUGACCCCUGCCUCUCCUACAGAAUAUUCCGACUGCAGGUUUCCCUCCCCACCCCCGACUCCCUCUAUGCCCCUCUCACCAUCCGUAUCCCCUCUACCUCUCCCAACCCCUCCUCCCCCACCCCCUCUUUCUCCUCCACCUCUGCUUCUGACUCCUCCGCCUCCAUCAAACUCUUCCACCCCCUCUUCUGUCACUCCACCACUCUCCAUCUCACCUCCUCCAGCAAGCCCACCUCCUGCUCUCUCUGUUUCUCCUCCAGCUGGCUCAAGCCCUUCCCAACCUCCCUGUCAUUCUCCCACAUCUCCCGCUAUGGCUCCAUCACCUCCCUCAAGUCCACUUCCCAAGCGUCCUGGAUCUCUGGAUUCAGAGGCCCUCGCUGAAACGGCUGCCCCCGCACCACUGGACCCACCUCCUUCCAGAGAGGAGCCGCAGUACCCAAAGUCUCUCUGGGAUGCCGUGCACCGCAUCCGAAAGCACACUGCACCAGACUCAGAAAAUGAGGAGGAGGAAGUGGUAGAAUUAUGGGAAAAUCCGGAGAGUAUUUGUUCGGAUGUCACAGCUUUAGGCCUGGAUGAAGACUCGCUGUUUGAACAUGAAGCUUGGAAUUCACAGGAAGUGACAUCACAGUAUUGGACCAGUGUGAAGGAUGAUAGCACUUCCUCUGAGAGAGGGACAGAUGCUUUGGGAUCAUUUAGUUUGGUGUCACAGAGUGGGAAAGACAGCAAAAGGCCUACAGAAGAAGAUACACUAUCUGUCAGCAGCUCUGACAGCCACGCCUCUAGAGACACAGUCAUCAUGGGAGAGGGAGAAGAUAGACUGUCGGACACAGAGGCAGAGGAACCGAGAGCAGAGGAUUUGACAACCAAUAGAGACCAGGGUGAAAGUAAGAGUGAAGAAGAUGAGGCUGAAGGUGUCACUGAAGCUUCACCCACAGACAUCAAUGAGGACUUGGAGAGAGAUGGUGAAGUAGAUUCACAGGCAACCAUUUUGUCCCAUGGAAAUGAAGGCAGCAUGGAGCGCACCCAAAUUCAGACCACUGAUGAUGAAGAACUGGGUGACCAUAUUGAUACAAGAGAGUCUCUAUGUCAUUCAGAAGGGGAGAGGGUCCAGCCAGAGGAGUUUACUGAAUCAGAAAGGAGCCUGGUUACUGAUGAUGCACAGGAAGAGAUGUGUGAUAAUUGUACUGAGGACAGAAUGGUGACUGGGCCAAACAACAGAAUAUAGUUAAUAGUGUGGAAGUUAUUUCAGGAGUCUCAUAUUGCAAAUGGUUGGAAACAGCAUUAAUAACACCAGAGCUAACUAACUAAUAUAUAGCCUAGUAACUGAUGUGUAUGAAAUGUAUGCACAAGGUAGCAAUGACCAAAACGAAAUAUUUGGUGUAGAAUAUUCUAUUUCAAUAGUUAAGAUGGCUUCAUUUUUUAAAAGUCAUUAUAAUACAGAACAGUGAACAGUGGUGGACUUGAAUAGGACCGGACUCAAAUGCUUUUAACAGAAACCUGGACUACACCUGACCUGUUCUUGUUCAUGUUUAUUUGCUGUGUAUAAUAAUAACACUUGUCAUCAGAAUAUAAUAUUUAUGUAAGAUCUAUGAGCAAUUUUUAAUAAAAAUAUACUGUCAUCUGUC